AUGGACAAUAUCACUCGGGCACGCGCGACAAGCCUUCCGCCAUCGUUCCCGGCUACUCGCAAGGUCACAGUUACGCCGGUCGUUCAAGAAACUGUCUCUCGAGCUUCAUCUCAGCCGCCUGCGCAGCCUAGUCAGGAGUCAUCUAAACUCGGCAAGAAGAGAAGAAUCUCCCAAUCAGAGCCACCGGAGGACGCGAAGUCGCAACAGCAGAUCAAGAAGCCCCGCAAGCAAGAUGCAGGAGAGCCGUCGUCUAAGAAGCCAGACUCUCAAGCCUUGAAGCAAGACAACCGCCGACCAUUUCUUGACCAGACGUCUAAGCCAAGCACUGUCCAGACCAAGAGUCCCAAGCAGGAACCUGUCUCAUCCAAACCAUCGAAAGGAGAGCAGAACUUGAACGUCGGGAAAACGCCAAAACCCCUCAUUGGAUCUGCACGCAAAACAUCAAAGUCCUGGCCGGCCAGCGUGGGCAAGCCGAAGAUCAAAGGCUUGAGCAAUCCGAGUCAAUGGUGCUAUCGUCGAAGUGUGCUGCAAAAUCUCAUCGCAAUCCCUCAGCUGUUCAAUCUACUGGACGAGUCUCACAGAUCCUGCCCAAAGCAAGGCAGAUGCGUGACCUGCGCAAUGCAUCAGCUGCUCAAAAGCUAUCACACCACCCCUGGCAGCGUAGGCAGUCAGCUGUCCGCUCUCGACGGCGCAAUCAGAGCGACUGGUAGAUCGAGCGAGCCUCGCUGGAGCGCCAUAAGCCAAACUCAAGAAGACAGUCACGAUUUCCUACAGUACUUGCUGGGUACAAUUGAGAAGGCAAAAGGAGUCGACAAGGACCAGUUUGCUUCGCUGUUCAGAAUCAAACACAAGAUUUCCUGGGUCUGCGAUGGCUGCAAANAGGUGCACACCCACAGCGAUCCACCGGGCUUCAGCCUCAGUGUGCCUAUUCCAAACAGAUCCGGUGUCAGCCUCACCGAUUGUCUGAACACCUAUCACCGCGAGUCCAACGUCACCAUCCGUUGCGACAAAUGCAAGAAGAAUGCCAAGCGCACUCGUAUCUUCAAACUCGACAACGCACCCGACGUUCUGCCCAUUCAACUCAUGCGCUUUGGCUAUGGUGCGCGUGGACCAACCAAGAAUAAGCAGCACGUCGACUUCCCUGAGGAGCUCGAUCUUUCCCCUUGGGCACUUGAUCAAUCCCAGCCAUCAAAAUACCGCCUUCAAGCCAUUGUCGCACACUCGGGCUCACUGAAGUUUGGCCACUAUAUUGCCUACGUACGUGGCGCCGAUGGCAUCAAAGAGAUCAGUGAUUCUUCUGUCAGCAACAGCAAUGCUAAGGAGUGGAGAAGGCCAACAUCUGGCUUCAACCCUUAUAUCCUGGUGUACAUCAAGCAGUGA